AUGGUGUGCUACGAUUUUCGACCAGACCCGAGUGGGUUCUCGAGCUCUAGUAGGUAUUGCCGCUCAUUCCGUCGCGAUCUGCCGGCCGUGCCGCUCGCCAUGAUCGACUACGCGCGUCCCUACGACCAAAGCAUGUGCGAUUUUCUUCUCCCUCCCACUCCACCGGCGCCCACGCGCCUCGAAGACUUCCAAGUUUUCAAGAAAGGAAACCCUAGUUACAUUUACGGGAAUUAUUACAACAACUACGAUAUGUACGCCGAGCCAGAGAUUGAAACUACGGAAAAUGUGUAUCACAACCUCGUCAGUUCCCGCGAAACUCGACAGGAGGAUUGGAAGUACAAAGCCGUUAUCGACUGGUCUCCAGAUGACACCACGUAUUGGAUCAUAGAUUGUGCCAUGACGCAAGGGUUUAGCGAAUAUGAAGUGCCAUUUUACAAUUUCAAAGUUUCCGGAGCCGAACUUCGGCAUAUGAGGCGGGACGAGAUCUUUCAAAGAAUGGUGCAUCCCAGCGUCGAUAGCAACCAGUCGCGAAGGAUUGCAGACGUGAUUUAUGACAAAUUACACGCUCGCAUAAAUGAAGAAAUUCUGCGACACUCGUCAUUGUUCAGAUAUACAGAGAGUGAAACUUAUCCAAGUCACGAGCCAGUGCAGACAGUGUUGGAUUUGGACUCUUUAGAUCACAAAAACAGGUUAUACGCGUCGGAUUAUAAGCCGAAUGACGUUAGUUUGCUACAGGCCGCUGACUCCAGCGACGAUGCUGAGGAUGCGUUCCGUUUAUCGGAUACCGCUUCACCGGAGUGUUCUUACGGUAGUGACGGUAGUAAAUCUGGAGACGAAGAAGAAAAGCGGAAAAUGUUCAAAAGACCUCCCGGCCGACCGAAAGGAACUGGCAGAAAAGUAUGCAAGCGUCCCCGAAGCGUAUCCGUGCCGGAGUUUCUCAGGAAUCUUUUGCUUGAUGAAAGGUACUGCCCCUCCAUCAUCAAAUGGGAGGAUCACCCACAAGGAAAGUUUAGGUUUGUCAAACCAGAUGAGGUGGCCAAGCUGUGGGGUCAGUUGAAGCAAAAUGAUAACAUGACCUUCGAGAAGUUCAGCAGAGCGAUGCGAUACCACUACCGUCAGUCAGUCCUUGUGUCGGUACCCACAGCACGUCUCGUCUACCAGUUCGGUCCCAAAGGACCAAGUUUCAAGACAGAAAACCCAAAUUUCAUUAAAAUCAAAUCUGAAGUCCACGAUAUGUCAUAUUCAAAUUCG